AUGAGCACGAGAUCACGCAACGGCUGCAUCGAUUGUAAGAAGGCCAAGGUCAAAUGUGAUGAGGUCCAUCCUUUCUGUGGCACAUGUGAGCGUCGACGCCGCCAGUGCAGCGGCUACAAUCCACCUUCACGACCUCACACGGCUAUUGAUGAUGCCAGUUCUCGAAAGAGUCCGGCCACCCCCAACGCUCAGCUUGUCGCUAUUGCAUCUCCUUCGGACUCUUCAAGGCUGUCCAAUGGAGGUUGCUCCCUAGACGCCGCUGCUGUUCCAGUUCGAGCGUUUAGCCCCUUGAUAGGCUCCUCAAGCGGCCCAUUCUCUCCAGGCGCGACAAACAGCUCCCUUACGAUAAACACUCAUGUGCCCAGGAGUGUGUCCAGCAUCCCUCCGGGCGCCAUCAAUCCUGCGGACGAGCCAUUCAUCGAGGUAUAUUUUAGGCGACACCCAAGGGAACUGGUUUUUGGUCCCGAAUUUGUCAACGAGAUGAAUUCAAAUGUGCUCAAAGUCUUUCAGAAUAGCCCUUUGGUGGUCGGUGACUCGUUGUCUGCUAUUGGAGAAGCUUACUGUAAGGACAGCGCUAUUGCAGUGGCUCUUCCUAUUGCCAGCAGAAAAGCAAGGAUUCUCGCUCGCUUGCGGACCAUGGACAGUCUGGGAGUGAGCAUGGAGCUCUUGCUGUCAAUAAUCCUCGGGUUAUGCGCAGUAGAGCUCGUUGAUGCCAACGACGAGCAGCACAAUGUUAGCAGUCUGCCGACACUUCUCGACAACCUUUCUAUGAUGUUGGAUCACCAUCUCCGCAUAAGCCACGAACUCAGCCAACUGGCUAAAUAUUUCCUCCGCGCAUUGGCCAGACAGGAUAUGUUAUUGUCCCUGACCAGACUCCACCCAGCCAGGAUCCCGACUUCGUGGUGGUUGGACGACUAUUCCAUGACGCAUGCUGACCGCUUCAUGGGCUAUACUACUACUCUGAUGCCACUAUUAUCCAAGUUGAGCGGUCUGGCAGCGGAUGUUCGGGCAUACGGUCUAGAGAUGCUGGCCAGCGAUAAACCAAUCGAACCGACCUUCCCAAGGCACGCCUCGAACCAGGCCGAUUUGCUGGAUCGUGCUUCCGUGAUCCAGGACGAGCUACACUCAUGGCAUGCCACUGUCGAUCCAACACUCUCCUUCCAGGCUUCCCGAAAGUUUUUCGUGCAUGCCCAUUGCUCACGCCAAGCCGCCUUGCUGUAUCUGCAUCGUCUCUUCAACCCUCCUAGCAGCUCGAUAGAAGCGGAUCAAACGGCACUCGCCAUGGCUUAUGAAGUAAUGGCCCACACUACAAAUUGCGCCGAGGACAUGAAGAUGUCUCUGUGGCCUGUCUUUGUUGCUGCAUGCGAAAUGCACAGCGAAGCAGACCGGCUAAGUGCGUCGGAAAUAUUCGAUUCAAUCUGCAGUGGUCGCAAGACGAUUACAGCAUUACGAACGAGGGCUUUCGUUGCCCACCGAGUCUGGGCUGCAAGGGAUGCUGGCCUGAAUUGGGACUGGAUGACACUGAAUCUCCAAUAUCCAAAUGAACUGCUCCCUAUAUGA